AUGGAAAUGCAGGAUCUAGCCAGCCCUCAUAGCCGACUAAGUGGUAGUAGCGAAUCCCCCAAUGGUCCAAAGCUUGAUAACYCUCAUCUAAACAAUAAUUCCAUGACACCCAAUGGCACAGAAGUUAAAACAGAACCAAUGAGCAGCAGCGAAAUUGCUACUACUACUACCACAGACGGGUCUUUAGACAAUUUCUCAGGAUCAGCAAUUGGAAGCAGUGGUUUCAGCCCAAGACAAACACACCAGUUCUCCCCACCACAGAUUUACCCUUCCAACAGACCAUACCCACAUAUCCUCCCUACCCCCUCCUCGCAAACCAUGGCUGCGUACGGGCAGACGCAGUUUCCAGCAGGGAUGCAGCAAGCCACGGCGUACGCCACCUACCCGCAGCCCGGCCAGCCCUAUGGGAUCCCUUCGUAUGGUGCAUUGUGGGCAGGCAUCAAGACAGAAGGUGGAUUGUCACAGUCCCAGUCACCUGGACAGACGGGAUUUCUAAGCUAUGGUGCAAGCUUUAGCACACCUCAACCCGGACAGGCUCCCUACAGCUACCAGAUGCAAGGCAGCAGUUUUACAACAUCAUCAGGAAUAUAUGCAGGAAAUAAUUCACUCACAAAUUCUACUGGAUUUAAUAGUUCACAGCAGGAAUAUCCCUCUUAUCCCAGUUUUGGCCAGGGCCAAUAUGCACAGUAUUAUAAUAGCUCACCGUAUCCUUCGCAUUACAUGACAAACAGCAGCACCAGCCCAACGACACCCUCUACAAAUGCAACAUACCAGCUUCAAGAACCACCAUCUGGCGUCACCAGUCAAGCGGUUACAGAUCCUGCAGCAGAGUACAGUACAAUCCACAGCCCAUCAACACCCAUUAAGGAUUCGGAUUCAGAUAGAUUGCGGCGUAGCUCAGAUGGGAAAUCACGUGGACGUGGCAGAAGAAACAAUAACCCUUCACCACCACCUGAUUCUGACCUAGAGAGAGUAUUCAUUUGGGAUUUGGAUGAGACAAUCAUCAUUUUCCAUUCCUUGCUUACAGGGUCCUAUGCUAACAGAUAUGGAAGGGAUCCACCCACUUCAGUUUCCCUUGGACUCCGAAUGGAAGAGAUGAUUUUCAAUUUGGCAGACACGCAUCUAUUCUUUAAUGAUUUAGAAGAAUGCGACCAGGUUCACAUUGAUGACGUGUCUUCGGACGACAACGGCCAAGAUUUAAGCACCUAUAACUUUGGAACAGAUGGCUUUCCUGCGGCAGCCACCAGUGCUAAUUUGUGCCUAGCGACGGGUGUGCGUGGAGGAGUGGACUGGAUGAGAAAACUGGCCUUCCGCUACAGACGAGUAAAAGAAAUAUAUAACACCUACAAAAAUAAUGUUGGAGGUCUUCUUGGGCCAGCCAAGAGAGAGGCCUGGUUACAACUCCGAGCAGAAAUUGAAGCUUUGACGGAUUCCUGGUUGACACUUGCACUGAAAGCACUCACACUUAUCCAUUCAAGGACAAAUUGUGUGAACAUUCUCGUAACAACUACUCAACUUAUUCCAGCUCUGGCAAAAGUCCUGUUGUAUGGAUUAGGGGUUGUAUUUCCCAUAGAGAAUAUUUACAGUGCAACUAAAAUAGGAAAGGAAAGUUGUUUUGAGCGAAUAAUUCAAAGAUUUGGAAGAAAAGUAGUAUAUGUUGUUAUAGGAGAUGGUGUUGAAGAGGAACAAGGUGCAAAAAAGCACGCUAUGCCAUUCUGGAGGAUCUCAAGCCACUCUGACCUUAUGGCCCUUCAUCAUGCCUUGGAACUGGAGUACUUGUAGCAGCUCAGCAGCACUUUGAAACCCCAGAAGCUCCUGGUGCCCGCGGACGGUCCGCCUGUGUCUUGUGUCAGCAUUGGGCUACAGAACUGUGUGAUUUCAACAUGUUGACGUGCAGCUGCAAUUGGUCUUAACCCUUGCCCUUUCGGUGAGCGGAGGAGCACGUCUUUUCCUUCAGAACAGCUGUUGACUCUGGUACUGCGAGUCCAACAAAAAUAAGCCAUGCAAAUGUUUUAACAACUCAUCUUUACCUUAGUUGCUACCAAAAAGAAGUGGAAGCGAAAGAAAAUGAAAGGUUCAUACCUGUGAAGAAAAAAAAAAAAGAAAAGGACCUGCGAAUGCUUUGUAGUUUUUAGACUCUCCAAUGUGAUACACAGCAUUUCUUCAACACAGCAAACUUGAUUGCACAAUGAAGACUGAGAUUUUCGAAAUACCAGGGGAGUAAUUUUCUUGUAAAGAAAGUUUACUUUUUGGUUUCUCAUACCCAGGGUACUCUGUACAUCUUUACUUAUUUAUGAACAGACUAUAUUUUGGCAUCAUGUAACUGAGGAUAUGUAUAAAUAGGAUUGAAGGCGAUUGUAAGCCUUUGCCUUAUGGUACAGCAACUACUUUUGAUUUUAGCACAUUACAGAGUAGUUUAAAAUAUGUCUAAUUUAAAGUAAUAGGUACAUCACUGAGACAAUCAUGUACAGGAAGAAUUUUUUGUGUAAAUUUGUAAUAAUGAAUGAUUCUUUUACAUAUUGUUAAGGUAAAUGCUAUUGAAAGAUAGUAAUGCCUUGUUGGUGAAGAAUGAGGCCGUGUGUGCACAAAAUAUUGUGCAGUGCCUUAUCAAUGCGUUGGAUAUAAAUAUGUAGAUAAUGGAUU